AUGAAUUCUACUACAACUAUGGGAUAUUUAUACAGAAAUAUAAUUGUUGAUGAAUUUAAAUGCGUUGAAUAUUUAAAAAGUAAAAACCUUUUAAGUAACAAUCGUUUGGUUUGCUCAAAAAAGAAUAUUGAUGGCACCGAAUGUGGUGGACAAUUACGUGAAACAACAAGGUCCAGUAAAAAAAGAAAUUCGGACGGUACUUUUAAAAAAAUUGUUACUAUGAGGUGUACGAAAAAAGGAUGCCAAACAUAUCAGUCAAUUCGCGCAGGAAAUCCAUUUUUUACUUAUACAGACCUCAAUGGUAAAUGUCAUAGUAAUUUAGCUCUAACAGAAAUAAUAGAACUCGUCUGGUAUUGGGUACAUAAGAUACCAGUACAUAAUGUAGUUUUAUGGACAGGUAGAAGUAAAUCCACUGUAAUUGACUGGUACAACCUGUGUCGUGAUGUCGUUGUUGAUCAGUUUUCAAAAAGACCAAAAAUGGGAGGUCCUGGUUACAUUGUACAGAUAGAUGAAUCCCUCUUUCAGGGGAAACGAAAAUAUAAUCGCGGUCGCUUACAACGUGGUGAUUACGACCCACGACCACAUGAAGAUAGCGAUGAAACUUCAAAUUAUGAAAAUGAAACUCCGGUAGAAAAUAACCAACGAAAUUAUAGAAAUAGAAUACAGGGACCGUGGGUAUUUGGUUUGUGUUGUAAUAAUGACAACAAAACUGAACGAUGA